GCAGUUCCGCAAGCAGUGUGCUUUUCGGCAGCAAGAAAGCAGCCUGGCCGCGGAGCUAGGAGCGGUGAGGGAGCUCGUGGCUGAAAAGUUUUUGACGGAGCCUUCAGAGUGCUUGUCUUGUGGCGCCAAGCAGGAGCUGUUGAGCACAGCUUGUCUUCAGGGAAGCCGGUCCAAGAAGAAUGGCCGCGUGGGUGCUCUCUACGUUCGAUGUCGCCAGUGGAAGUGUCGACAUCGCAUGAACAUCCUCCGGUUUUCUGCUUUCGCGGGGUUGAAAUGGAGUCCAACGGAGCUGAAGCAGGCGUUGGACUUGUACAGCAGCCAGCCCUUGUUCCAGCGCGUUCAGCACUUCUGCGACACGUUGUGGUCCGUGGAAAUGAUCGCGGGUCAGACAGCACAGAAACAUUUGAGUUUGAAGGGAAACUUGGAGGCGGAUGCCACAGCGAUCCGCAAAGUCUACGUGAGCGCCUUGCAUCAUGAGUCCAAGCAGGAGCUCUACGACAGUGGUCUGUGGCGGAACAUCGCGACGGACCAGAAGAGUGCGCUUUUCUCUGACGGCUGUCAUUCGUGGAAGGCCAUGUUGGAGAAGGCCGGGUUGGCAGACCAGGUGCUAUACCGGUCAUGCCGGCACUACAUCGGAGAGUUCGUUCGCAAAGUGCCCAUGCCGAAGUCCCUUUCCAACAUGGCUGGCACCAUGGCAAUCGAUUCCUGCUGGAAGCACAUGAAACGCUACAUUGGGGGAGAUCUCAGCAACAAAGUGCAGAAGAAGAUCAACCCUCGCUUCUUGAUGUUCAUGUGGGGCUGGGCCUACCGCCACAAUCUGAAAGGCAGACAGCCGAUUUUUGUACACAAAAGCCUAGGCAAAGCCUGCGGCAAGUACUUCAGUACGUAUGGAGGG